GCAGGUGUGAUGUCGCCAAAGAGGCGAUGUACGGCAGGAACGGAUCCUGUGGGAUCAUCCGUGAUAUAGAAGGGCCAUUCCAGGGGUGCCACGCACGUGUCAGUCCUGUGGAGUAUUUCACCCACUGUGUCCAUGAUGUCUGUGCUGCCAGUGGGGACCGCGCCGCCUUGUGCCAUGCACUGCAGGCAUACGCCACUGCUUGCCAAGCUGCUGGUGCUAUGGUCAGAGCGUGGAGGACAAAGGAGUUCUGCCCCCUGUCCUGCCCUCCAAACAGCCACUAUGAGCUCUGCACCCACACCUGUGACCUCACCUGUGCUGCUCUUGUGGGCCCCACCCGCUGCAGCUGGGGAUGCUUUGAGGGGUGUCAGUGUGACGAAGGGUUCGUCUUCGAUGGGGACACCUGCGUGUCACCUGAGCGCUGUGGCUGCCUCCACAGGGGACGUUACCUCAAGGCAGAUGAGAUUGUCACUUUCAACAACUGCUCCAAGGAAUGCCAUUGUCACCCAUCACGGGGACUGGUGUGCCGGGACACACAGUGCCCCCAGGACCAGGUGUGCGUCACCCAUGAGGGGGCACAGGUGUGUGCCAGGAGGGAAGGCCACUGCCGGGUCAUGCCUGGAGCCACCAUAACCACCUUCGAUGGUGUCACUGGGCCCCUGUUGGCCAGUGGCACCUACAAGGUGUCAGCCCUCUGCGAUGAGGAGGCACCGGAUUGGUUCAAGGUGGUGAUGGAGGUCAGCGAUUGUCGUGACACGAAUGUCCCCGCAGCCACGGCUGCCAUCGUCUUUGUCCGUGAGGGCGUUGUCAGUGUUAACGGCAACAUGGAGGUGUGGGUCAAUGGCCUCUUCACCCAGCCCCCCACCACCAUUUCUGACUCCAUCUUUGUGGCAUCAACCCCUGAGAAUGUGACCAUCACCCACCGCUCUGGGAUGUCCAUCACCAUCACCCAGGAUGGGGAGGCAACCAUCACCGUGACUUCAGGCCUGGCCUCCCGUGUCUGUGCCCCCUGUGGGAAUUUCAAUGGAAACCCCAGAGAUGACCUGAAGCUUCCAGACGGACAUGAUGCCCAGAGUGUUGGAGAAGUGGUGGACAUGUGGAAAUCCCGGGAUUUUACUGGAUGCCACAUCUCCCGCCAGACCCGUCAGGAAGUUGAUGCUCCUAUCUAUCCCAUUCCAUAGGUGGAUCAUCCAUCUCAAAUUCCCCCAAAUUUGGGAAAAUUCUGGAUUUUGCCUCAAAUCCAUGACAUUUUCCUGGAUUUUUCUCAAAUGGAUUAAAUCUGUGUGGAUCAUAAUGUCCUGAUGUCUCAUCCACACCCUGGAACAUAGAAAUAGAUCAAAUUCAGGUCAAAAAGAUCCAAAUCCCAUAUAAAAAUGAUAUUGCCAAGGGCUGCUUUUGAUACAACAGUCAAUAAACGCUUCU